AUGAGAAGUGGGAGGGGCAGCAGAAGAGGGAGAUCCUGUCAAGUUUCUUCUUUUUUCGUUACUUCUUUUCCGAAAAAGUACUCGGCGAAGGAUUUGUAUCAUGUUUUUGAAUCAUAUGGUGAUGUCGAUGAGGUUAUCAUUCCUUCAAAGAGGAAUAUUCGGGGAAAUCGUUACGGCUUUGUUAGAUUCUUUGACGUUGAAGAUGAUAAGAGAUUGGCGACGAAGCUAGAUAAAAUUUUCCUUGAGGAUAGAAAGAUUUAUGUUAACAUUCCUCGUUUUUCUCGAAGAAUGCAUGUUGAUUCUGAGAAGCCUAAACGUGGAGAUGUGAAGAAAAGAUUGGGUGUUCCUAGAGAUUCUAAUCCAGAUGUUGUGGUGAAAGAGACGAAACUCAAACCAGUUAUCAUCAAAGGUGACGACCGCUCUUUUGCACAAGUUGUGAGUAGAAAUGCUAAGAAGAUGGUGGAGGUUAGCUCUGGUUCGGUGCAAGGAAGAGGUAUGGAGAAUCAUGUUCUGGUGAAUGUGGUGUUCGAUGAUCUGGAUAGUUUGUGUUUUUCGGCUCUUCAUAAGGCUUUGGUAGGUGUGGUGGAAAUUCCUAGCUUCUCGUUUGAGCUUCAGGAUGCUUUGCUCUCAGAAGGUUUCUUCUCCAUAGUGGCUAUUCAGCUAGGUCCGAAUUUGUGUUUGCUAUCGGAGAAACAGAAAGGUUGUCUUUAUGAGUUUAUUGAAAAUGGAGGUUGUAAACUGAAUCAAUGGUUCAAGGUUGUAAAGAAGUGGGAGCCGCAAGAUGUUGAUGAUGAACGUGUUGUUUGGGUCCGCUGCUUUGGGGUUCCUUGUCAUGUGUGGGGCGAAAUUUUUUUCCAGUCUUUUGGUGUGUUUUUUUGUGUGGAUGAAGCCACUAAGUUGAAGUCUUCCAUGGAGGAACUUGAGUUUUUUUUCCAGAAGGUAGAAGAUGAAUGA